GUGAAAUAAAUUUUUAGUCGAGUUUUUUGGGGUUGUUUUACGGUCAGUUUGUGCGUGUCUGUGAUGCGUUUUGGGUCUCCGUAAGAGUGUCGGUGCGGAAAUUGCCUCGUAUUACCAGCUCUGUACCCGUGGGCCUGAUGUAGCAGGUCCUCAUCUCCUCUGCAGUGAAGGAAGGCCACUCCGGUGUCAUUAUAAUGGACUGAAAGCUCGUGUGUAGGUGGUUUCCAGGCUGUUGACAGCUGAUGAUGACCUGCCAGAGCUGAGGAAAUACGAGACAUGUUGGUCAAGUUGGAGGUAUUACUACUGUUAAACACCUAUCAGGUAACCCAGAAGAGUGAGUCACAUUAGAAUGACAGUUUGGCUGAUGACCAGAAUGACCACUUGUUCCUGAGUCAAAGAUGCAUGCUACCUUUUGGAUCCCUCUGACCGCCAAUGAGCUGAUCCAACCCUCCCAUCACAGUCCCAUCACCACUUCCACUGUCCUCUGCUGUACUCUGCUGUUUUCUAGUCUUCUCCCCUCAGUCAGUGAUCUAGUCUGACCAUCUGCAUGCCUGACAGAGAGGAAGGGAGGCAUUCGCAGGUUGUUUGAUUGGACAGAUUCUCCCUGCUAUUCAUGAAGUGUCAGCAGGGAAAUAUGCAGCAGGGGGAGAAAAGUCAAAUGGAGCCAGAGGGGGUGGGACCCAGUUCAGGUUCUGUGACAAGGGGGUCACAAGGCUCAGGUUUGAAGAGGGCCUUUUCCGAGUCAGAUCACCCUUCCUUGAUUAAGAUGAGCCAAAACGCCAGGGCGAGCGUGGGGGUUCUUGGCCAGGGUUUGAAGCAGCUGUUCCAACAGCAGCGUAAACGUCUCUCCCUCUCUCGCUCCACCAUCACUUCCUCAUCAUCCUCCUCAUCUUCCUCUGUGGUGUCAGCAUGUGGCACUUCCCCUUGUGCCCCCGAGGAUGCCUCAGGGUCUUGUUGUCCUGACUCUGACAUCUUCUCUGCUCCUAUGGUUCCUUCUGCAGCUGGCCAGGGCUCAGCCGCUGCAGGCAUGAUGAGGCGUGGGACCAGCCUGCAGAGCCGGCGAAGUAAGGGUUCUGGGUCGGGAUCUGGGAGUGGAGAUCGUGAUCCUCUUCUGAAAGGUAGCCCUCAAGCCCCGCAACGCCGCUACACCCAUGAUCCACAGCAGCAUAUUAGCCGCCCACGCUCCUCCUCCACUACCGAUACCACACCCAGCAGCCCUGCCCCAGGAUAUUCCAGUGGCGAUGCAUUGCUGUCAUCAGGUUACCAGUCCACAGAAGAGACAGACAGGAUCGACCGGCUGGAAAUAACUGGCCUGGGCCAGGCACCCCUGUCUGUUUCAUGUGGGGCAGACAGUUCGUUCCAGGGGGGUGAGGAUAUCACCCCAGACCCUCACCGCACCAAGCAGGCCAUCGCCCAGCUGCAACAGAAAAUCCUCAAGCUCACAGAGCAGAUUAAGAUCGAGCAGACAGCCAGGGAUGACAAUGUUGCUGAAUACCUCAAACUGGCCAACAACGCCGACAAACAGCAAAGCACACGCAUCAAACAGGUUUUUGAGAAAAAGAACCAGAAGUCGGCACAGACCAUCCAGCAGCUGCAAAGGAAACUGGAGCACUACCACCGGAGGCUGCGAGAAGCAGAACACAACGGUAUCCCACGCCAACCCAAGGAUGUUCUGCGGGACAUGCAGCAGGGCCUGAAGGAUGUCGGAGCCAAAGUCACAGGCUUCAGCGAGGGCGUGGUGGAUAGCGUUAAGGGUGGCCUCUCCAGCUUCUCACAGGCUACCCACUCUGCUGCUGGUGCAGUCGUCUCCAAACCACGAGGGAUCGCCUCCCUUAUUCGCAACAAAUUCGGGAGUGCUGAUAACAUCCCUUCACUUAAAGACUCUCUGGAUGACCCUUCAGUAGAAGAAGGUGUGACAAGUACUGGCGGACGUUCCCUGGGAAGCGCUGGGCAUCACUUCCAGUCCAGUCCGAAGUAUGGCAGUGAGGAUGACUGCUCAAGUGCUACGUCAGGCUCAGUGGGGGCUAAUAGCACAACAGGGGCCCCUGGGGGUCCCCCCAGUUCCAAGGGAAACACACUGGAGAGGAGUCAGAGUUCCAGCUUUGACAUGCUGCUGCAGGAGGUGCAGGAGUUGAGAGAUGGCCAGGCAAGGCUAGAGGAGAGCCUGGAAGGUUUGAAGAGCCAUUAUCAAAGAGACUACACAGUUGUUAUGCAAGCACUGCAGGAAGAACGCUUCAGGUGUGAGCGUCUGGAGGAGCAGCUCAACGAUCUCACAGAACUUCACCAGAAUGAGAUCCUCAACCUUAAACAGGAGCUGGCCAGCAUGGAGGAGAAGAUCGCCUACCAGUCCUACGAAAGAGCCAGAGACAUCCAGGAGGCUUUGGAGGCCUGUCAAACCAGGAUCUCUAAGAUGGAGCUCCAGCAGCAGCAACAGCAGGUCGUCCAGUUGGAGGGGUUGGAAAAUGCCACAGCCCGGACCCUCCUGGGAAAACUUAUCAAUGUGCUGCUGGCCCUAAUGGCUGUCCUUCUGGUCUUUGUUUCAACUGUGGCCAACUGUGUGGUCCCUCUGAUGAAGACGCGCUCACGCUCGCUCUCCACCCUCCUCUUCAUCCUCCUGCUGGCCUUCUUGUGGAGAAACUGGGACGCUCUCUCGGGUUAUACGCACCGUGCACUGCAGCCCCCAGGAUGACCAGAUUACAUCCAGCACAUGUUGCUUUGGUGACAACAAGCAAUGUAACUGUAGCUGCAGUCUGCAGUCGGUUCAACUGAGCACAUUCGGAAGCGGCCUGGAUAAAGAGCAAGCGUCAGAGUGAAGAAGAGAACAUUCACAUUUAGGAAGGACAAGACUGUUUACAUUUUUAAAAUGAACAUUUGUGUUGUUAUCCCUCACAGAAUGCAGUAUUGUACUGUUUUUACCUUUUAGAGUUUAAUCAAUUAUAAUGUUAUUUCUAAUAAUAUUAUUUUAUUUUCAAUGUUAUUUUAUUCAGUACCAUGUAGCAUUACACUCCUCUCACUCUACACAAAGGGGAGUUUAGUCAGGAAACUGGGCUGGAGAGCUGCCACAAAUUGUAGAGACAUGCAAAUGUGAGAAUGUGGUUGAUUGCAUUUAGGAAGAGAACUUUUACUUAGCUGUGAUUAGUAGUUUUGAACCAUGGCUGAAAAACCUUCCUGGAAGUUUCACCUUUCUUGCUGUGAUGAAAUUUGUUCAGAUAGAACAUUUUGAAGGAAUGAGCGUCAUGCUGACUUACAAUUUCUAAUGGCAAAGAUCGCAUUUACUUUUUUAAAGUUAAAAAAAGAACAUGUUGAAAAUAGGGAAGAUAAUGAAUGGCACAAAGACUCUAGAGGAGAAAGCUGAGAUGGUGUGCCCACCAUAAAAACAGCACACGAAUACUACAGAGAACAUCUGGCUGCUGUCUAGCGCCUGCCAUAUUUGUAACUUGUAUACAGUGCUGCACGUUGUCAUUAAGAAAAUUACUUCAAAGCAGAUUUACUUUUAAAAGCGAUGAUAAAGGGCUGUUGUCCAAGUAAAAUUAGGUUGCCAGGACAAUUGGCCUCCCACCCCACCAUUAUGAUGUGAUCAAGUUAAGAAAGAAAGGGAGACCACUGGUGCUUUUCCAGUUCUGUCUCAGAACCAUCGUGAAUGCUGCUGCUUCAUAUCUACAGUGCAAGUCAUCUCCACUGCCAUGCCAGUCAAAUGCACAUUGCCUGUAUGUGACUUUAUACUACUGACACAGUCUCCCUGCGUAUUAUCUUUUCUUUCUUUCUUUCUUUCUUUCUUUCUUUCUUUUUUUUUUUUUUUUAAAUGAACGCACUGUAUCUCUAUCUCAAGGUGUUAUCACCCAGUGCCAAACUGAAGUUAGCCCAGGGAUGCCUAAGCACCCAAAAGGUCCAAGCAGCAGCUGUGGCUUCUUUCCAGAUAUGUCAUGAAUGUCUUGCCAGAAUGUCUUUGGAAGAUGCAACUUUUGUAAGGGGGAAAGUAAUUCGCAAUCUGAACAUGACCUUGCCUCCAGAUGCUCAGUAGUGUGUUUCUACACAUUUUGCUUCCAUGAGUACAGCUCCUUGGCUCGGCAUUCGGCCUCUCUUUUACUCACUCACUUUCUAACCUAGUCAAGGACACUACAAGAUGACCUAGCACGUUAACUAGUCUGCACUGUAUUUAAUGCCAAGAAGCUGAUUUCCUAACAGACAUUGUGAUCAUUUGAACUGUACAGCUGCACUUUAGCACACUGAUAGAUAGCAUGUAGGUCAGGCCUUUGAUAGAGACUACAAAGGUUGACACUCUCUGAGAAGAGAAGCGCUGAUGCAGGUUGAAACUGCUGACAUGCUUUUCUACAGGAAAUAAAAAAACAAGGAAAUUCAGUGCAUUUUUUUGUCAAAAUGUGAGUAAACUUGAUUCCUCUCAAGUUGAACGCAGUAGGCAGAUUUAUUGAUCUGUCA